AUGUCUACCACAAUCGUUACCACCAGACGGCGAGACGAGACUACUACGUCUACUGCAUCGCAGUCAUGCUCGACAGAUAACGACUGCGCAGCGAACAAAAUAUGCUCGAGUGCCAAAUGUACUGGCCUCAACGAUGCUGCCCCUUUUGGCGGAUCGGGCCCAGAGCCAACCUCACAGUUAAGCACGGGGGCAGCAAUCGGUGUCGGUGUAGGACUUGUGGCUGUGGUCGCACUAUUGAUAACCUUUGGCUUUUGGUUUCGAAGAUUCCGAGGAAGCAGAGAACGUCUCCCAUCGACCGAAGCAUCCUCGGGCAAUCGUCACAGGUCUACUUCGAGUGCAACUGACCAGAAGACCCUGGUGGCUUCAUUACCAAACAGUCCUCAAAGUAGAGCGCUAAACCUUCAGCGUAGCAUGAAUACGGGACCGGACUUCUUCGCCAAAACAAAUAGGGAGAAGAUGGGGCACAGGAGGCCGCAGUCAACAUAUCAAGUCAAUGGGCGGAACUCGACCGAAAAGGCACUGCCUCUACCUCCACUCAACGGAGUUCCGCUAGCCACUGCUCCGACAGAUUCGAGGCUGUAUGCUGUCAACGUGAACAUCAACAAGAGCAUGAUUUUCGAUGAUGAUAUGAUGAACGCUGUCAAUGCACUUCGAGCCACCGAAACGCCCAGGCACAGCACUCCGUCACGUGCUCCUACGCCACGAUACAGAUUCGAAGAAUACGUUCCUCCUGUCACAAAUACACUACCCAUCUCGAUUUUACCGGCACCGACGCCAACACCAGCCCCAGUGUCAGCACCAGUACCCGCACCAGUACCAGCACCGGAGUUGAAGAAGCGAAACUCAGAAUACGAGUUAGCCCAAUAUCCGCGAAAGACAGAGAUCAGAUCUGUUCACACUGUAUCGAUAUCGGAUGUUAGCUCCAUCAGCGACUCGGCACCCCCGAGCCCCAUCGUGGACAGCAUAGCGCCCCAGCUGCCCCUUCCUGAUCUUCCGCCACCAAGCCCUAGACUUAGUUUUCGCUCCUAUGAUUGGUAUCAGGAUAUCAUAGGCGAGCCCGGGACGCCGUCAGUACUAUCACGUAGUCCUGCGCGCACACCAACAACAGCCACAUUCCCGGAGCCGCUCUCUCAUUCUAAGAAGAAGCCUACACACCUUGAACCAAGUCUCAUGCCCGCGCCUCUUUCACCCGGCUUGCAUAACUCGACUCCGGGGCUACAUUUACAUCCGAGCUCCGCAGCGUUUCCUAGCCCAACAAAUGCAAACUUCCGUCUACCAUCAACUGUUUACACUCCCCCGCCACGGCGCGAUACUUCACCUACGCCGUCAAUAACAGCGAUGCCAGGACGAGGCUCAGGGCGAAACUCGGGACGGAACUCAACGCGAGCCUCUUUGCGGGCCUCUGUGCGGGCUUCUCUACGCGCGUCUGCGCUUAGCACACUGACCAGAAAUACACAUGAGUCUCGGAGUUGGUUGCCAGAGGACGGACUUUAUCUUUCUGAGGAUGGUGAAUACACUCCCUACGAGUACGAUACCUUUGGUCGACGGAGUGAGGAUAGUAGACCCACGAGCUAUUCGCCUUUGUGA